GAAUAAACAUCGUCCAUCCCUACCACCUUUAUUUUAGUGAUUAGCAAUAAUAAUUUAUAAUUUUAAAUUAUAUACACAAAACAUGAGCGAGGAAAACAAUGAAAAUAUAAUCUGGACCAUUAAAAAUGGAGAAUUAGAUGCCGUUCAAACAACGUUUAGCAACGAUACGCAGAAAGUUAACACAGAGAUCAAAGGGAGAUUUCCAAUACAUUAUGCUGCUGAUUUCGGCCAGCUAAAUGUUCUGAAAUAUCUUAUUAAUUUGGGAGCUGAUGUAAAUAGAAAAGACAAACAUGGGAUCACUCCACUUUUGGCGGCCGUUUGGGAAGGACACACAAAAUGCGUGGAGUAUCUAUUGGAAAAAGGUGCAGAUAAAAAUGGAUCCACUCCAAAUGGUGAGAGUUAUGCCGCAGUAGCAGAAAAUGACGAAAUCAAGAAACUGCUGUCCAAUGUAUAAAAAUAAUUGUAAAACAAUUUCAAAUUAAAAACAUAUGAGCAUUUUAAUAUAUUAGAAAAGAAACAAGAACAUGUAAUAUUUGUAUUUCCAUUUAAAAAUUGAAGUGCGCCUAAAAUUUUGUUGCGAUCUCCGUGAUGCGGACAUCAAUUGGCGGUAGUUAAAAGGGCGCCCAUAAAAUGUUGGUCUCCGAUCUGCUAUUGUAGCGAGUUGUACUCAGCAUGGAUGAUAUCGUAGCAUUAUUUCUACAGGACUUGGCAUGCAUGCCAAGCGGCUGCUAUCUGGGUGAGCGCAAUCACACAUGUUUAACGCUGAGAAAUUAAACUGGAUUAAUCUAAAAGAGGAGUUACAAGACAAGAGUGCGUUGCAGUACUUCGUAGCAAUGCCAGCUGACUUGAUUAUGUCAACGGGUUGCAGGUCAAGACGGGAGCAGCUGUAUUUAUGCUAUAUUGUACUUCACUGGAUGAGUUGCGCGAAAAGCUGCUGAGUUUCGACCAGAUUCAUCAGAAGCCGCAAAAAGCGGCUGGCAAAGCUUGCGCUUAAGCAGAAGACGGUAUCAAGUCAACCAGUCGCAUAGAUAAGUUGUUUCAACUAGGACACAGAAUGGCUGAAUGCAAGCUUAGGCUGCUUGGCCAGUGGCCAGAGGGAGACUGUUUUAAGUGUUGGAGCACAGAUCAAUAGAAUUAGGUCUGUAAUUCUUUGGUACAGACGCUUAGCCGAAAAUCCAUUAAUCCACAGAUUGCUCGUUGGUCACUCGAAUUGGAACAUUGUGAUUAUCGCAUCGAACAUAGACCUGGUAGCAACGCCCAAGGAAUUUCAAUGCAAGCGAAUAAAUAAGUUUGAAAUUGCAACACAAGGUUUCAGGCUUAUUUUAGUUCAUAUUUAUUUCAUUUAAUUACAGUAGAAAUAAUUGCCUGAUCUAAAGCGCCGGCACUUACUUUUCUUCUGGCUUACUAAACACAAAA